CACACACAGAGAGAGAGAGAGAGAGAGAGAGAGAGAGACACACAGAGAGAGAGAGACACACAGAGAGAGACAGAGAGAGAGGUGCGAUCAUUGUGAGGGAGGCAGAGACAACAGCAACAGCACGCUCUCUUUCCCCAUCCUCCCUCUCCUUCUCUCCUAAUCCCACAUCCAUGCCGGGGGAGAUGGAGGGCGCCCCGGCCGUCUGAGGAGCACCGCCUGAAGGAGAGGAACAUCUCAACUGAGCCCGCCCGCCCCCCUCCUGUGAAUGCCCGGAUCAUUGUUUUGGAGGGGGGGACAUAACUGACAAGGAGUGAAAGGAGGUGUGUAUACGCACGAGCCUGCGAGGGAGGGAGGGAGGGAGGGAGGCAGGAGGAGAGAGAGGAGGGGGACGAGUGGCAGGUUCAGUGCAGCUGCUGAUGCCAGGCUCCGGGAGUGAGACAGACUGAGGGGGAGCUGAGGAGCGCGGGUCAGGCGCGUGUGGAGCGGCGUCGGCAACUUGUGGGGGCAAAGAGGAGAGAACAGAUUCACAUUCACGCACCGCUGGAACGAUGAGGAGGCACCAAGGAGCGCGCUCCAGUCCGGGGUGUAUGGUGAACUGACCCUGCCUGCCACAGGCGAGGAGUCAGAGGACCAGGGCUAUGAUUGGCUCACCUGGCCUUGGUGGGCGUGCCUUAGUGCCAUGGCAGAGGGUGUGGCGAUGGGUCCUGGCUGCUUCUCUGGUUGCCAUGAUAAACUUGUUGCUGCCAGGAAGUAGCCAGGCCUGUCCACCACGGUGCGAGUGUUCGGCUCAGCUGAGGUCGGUGUCGUGUCAGCGGCGGCGGCUCACCAACAUCCCAGAGGGCAUUCCCACUGAGACACAGCUCCUGGACCUCAGCAAGAACCGGCUCCGCUGGGUACAGGCGGGUGACCUGGCACCGUACCCACGGCUGGAGGAGGUGGACCUCAGUGAGAACCUCAUUGCCACUUUAGAGCCCAAUGCCUUUGCCUCCCUCCAGAGUCUUAAAGUGCUGAAGUUAAGGGGAAACCAGCUGAAGCUGGUGCCCAUUGGCUCCUUCGCCAAGCUGGGCAAUCUGACCAGUCUGGACCUGAGCGAGAACAAGAUGGUGAUUUUGUUGGACUACACCUUCCAGGAUCUGAGGAGUCUGAAACAUUUGGAGGUGGGAGACAAUGACCUGGUUUACAUAUCCCACAAGGCAUUCUCGGGGCUGCUGGGGCUGGAGGAUCUCACAAUAGAGCGCUGCAACCUGACAUCCAUCUCGGGCCAGACACUGUCCUAUCUCCGCAGCCUGGUCACUCUGCGCCUCCAUCACCUCAGCAUCAGUGCCCUGGAGGAGCAGAACUUCCGCAAGCUCUCCAACCUACGUGGUCUGGACAUCGAUCAUUGGCCGUACCUCGAGUACAUCUCCCCCCUUAGUUUCCAGGGUUUGGACCUCCACCGGCUCUCCAUCACCAACACCAACAUCACCUCUGUCCCCUCCGCCUCCUUCAAGAACAUGGUCCACCUCACCCACCUCAACCUGUCCUACAAUCCCAUCACCACACUAGAGCCCUGGGCCUUCAAGGACCUGCUGAGGUUGAAAGAGCUCAUCAUGGUAAGCACAGGGUUGAUGACAGUGGAGCCACAUGCCCUUGGAGGCCUCCGACAGAUCCGGGUCCUCAACUUCUCUACCAACGACCUGCAGACUCUGGAAGAGGGCUCCUUCCACUCUGUCAACAGUCUGGAGACCCUCAGAGUGGAUGGGAACCCCCUGAUGUGUGACUGCCGUCUGUUGUGGAUCCUGCAAAGACGCAAGACCCUCAACUUUGACGGCAGAGUGCCGGUGUGUGCGGGGCCGGUGGAGGUGCAAGGAGUCAGCCUCAGCACCUUCACCGAUUCUGCACUCUUCGAUCACUUUACAUGCCAGAAACCUAAGAUACGCAACCGUAAGAUGCAGCAGGUGGUUGCUCGUGAAGGCCAGCCAGUGAGUUUUCUGUGUCGAGCUGAAGGAGAACCUGCACCUGCUAUUGUCUGGAUUUCCCCACAGCGCAGACGGAUCACAGCAAAGAAUUCAGGGCGUAUUAUCGUUCUCCCUAGUGGCACCCUGGAGAUCCGCUACGCCCAGCUCACCGACAGCGGAACCUACAUCUGCAUUGCCAGUAAUGCCGGAGGUAAUGACACCUACUUCGCCACACUCACAGUGCGUGGCCAGCCGCUAGACGCUGCCUCCGCCUUCUUUCUCAACCGCUCGCUUUACAGCGGUGAGUUCUUGAACGACACAAAUCUGAACAGCACACGUGUAUUCCUCAAGUUCACCUUGGACCUGACCACCAUCUUGGUCUCCACGGCAAUGGGUUGCAUCACCUUUCUGGGAGUGGUCCUCUUCUGUUUCCUGCUGUUGUUCGUGUGGAGCCGGGGACGCGGCCAACGCAAGAACAACUUCACAGUGGAGUACUCUUUCCGGAAAUCUGAACCCGUCACUGGAAGCUCUUCAGGAGGGACAAGGAAGUUCAACAUGAAGAUGAUAUGAAACAACGCAGCCAGGGGUCACUCGGGGGAGGCAUGAGCACGUUCCAAAAACGUGUUUGAAACACGCAAACGCACACAGCCACUGACUCGCAAAGAAGUGUGAAAGCACAAUAUAAAGUUCCUGUCUAUGGCUCCGUUCAAAAUUGAGUGCCCACAUAAAAACCUGGAGCCAUGACGUGAUUUGGUUUGAUUUGUGAAUGAAAACAAAGUGAUCCUGAUCUCGCUGUCUCUCAGUGGUUUUAUUCAGCAUGUGGUGAAAAACAUGUUUAAUUGAUACUGUAAGGAACUAGAGUAUUGAUAGAAUUGAAAGAGCUGCUUGUUGUCAAUGCCUGCUAAUAAUAACAUUAACAAUUAUAGGAGAUAAGUUGUGAAUUGAUUGCUUAGGUGUGGAAUACUGGUAGUCCUGUCUUUCGGCCAUAUUAAAAAAUGAAAAUGAUUAAUUUGCAUCAAAGUUUCUGUGGGGUCAGAUUUUAAGAGAUUUGUAAUGCAAGGAGACCUAUGGCUACCAUCCACUUGUAGAAUUUGUAACUAUGCUCUUGCAUGUAGAGUUGCAGUUAAGAGUUAAGUUGUAAAUUUAUACAGCUAAAUAAAUUAUGUUUUUGAAGUAAAAUUUUGAAUAUGUUUUCUAUAGACGAUUCAGAAUAACAGGCAACUUUAUCUAUUCUGACCACAAUUGAGCAGUGACAAGGAUUUAAUUGGGUCAAACACUUCAUUAUAAUUGUCACGUCAUCUGUUAUAAUGAACAAAAGCUUAGUUACUGUAGAAUAUGAUCUGACUAUAAUACCUGGUAAGAAGGUAUCGGUUUGGAUCACUCAAAUAAUUGACAACUAAUCAAACGAAAACAUAAUUUGGCCUUUUCUUUGCGAGAUUUUGCAACAACAUUCGCUGUGUGAGUUUGGGACGAGCACACUGGCCCUGAGCUGCUGUGGCUGCCCGUGGCCCGGAGGGUUUGGUUAGGAAGUCAAGCCCCAGGUACACGGGCUGCUACAGUAACCAUAGCAACCAAUACAAUGGAGAGCAAGGGGGGCGGGCCUGGUGGCCAUAGGAGGGUCGCUCGGUCGAAGGGGGAGGGAAGAAAGAAGUCGGUGUUGCCUCUUCUUCCUCUCCCUCAGAUCACAAGCCCCGUUCAUGCUCUUUCAUCAACAGGAGCGGGACGACCCACCGGCCGCCGCCUCCCUGUUCAUGCCCUCUGCUGUGUUGGUGGGCAACUGACCUUCCCAGUGCUGCCAGGGGGGAACAGCCUGGAGAGUAGGGUCAAACUCAGAGGCAGACAGAGGACACGCAGUAACACUAUGGAGGUGUUCACAUAAACAUCUGCACACUCACCGCACAGAGCAACACAUGUGUAAGACCUUUUCUCAGGAAAAGUGAAAUGACUGGCGAACAGAGUGGGUGUAGUAACAUAUAUCACAUUCCAGCAAUACUGCAUAUGUAGAUACCGAAAGUCAUUCUCCAAGAGAGAACAGAUGUAAAUUUGUGAGUGAAGAAACAAAGCCAUAGAAUCUCUAUGCUGUUUUCUUCAUACAGUCGGGUGUGUAUGAUUUAUCUAGUUACAUAAUAAUGAUUAUUGCUACAGCCAUCGUACAAGCUGUCGUGAAGAUCAAAAGACCAUGUGCUGUCACUGGGCUUGCGUUGCAGUUUCACCUCAUAUCACACGCACACACACAAAACCAACAUCAAGGUGAUCUGAAUGGGAAGGAACAACACUCACAGUCGCGCAUGAAUGAACAUGCAAAUUGACAGUGCACACACAGCCAUCGCAAAGUGUGACGCUGACUGAUCUCUAUCUGUCUCUGAGGUGGCCAGUGUGCGAAUGUCUCUGCCCCCCUAGCCCAGUUCAUUCCCCCCUCCUAACCCCCACACCCCCAUACGCCCCCACUGGGUCCUCCUUUGGGAGGGGUCCCUGGCUGGAGACCGAGGAUUUAAAUGUAAAUGAAGUCGUGUUAACCCUACCCACGCCAUGUGCACCGUAUAGUGGAGAGUAGUACUGUGGUUUUAAAAACAAAAACAUGUCUUUGAAGUGUUCUUUAGCCUCCUGUUUGUCCUCCAUUUUAUUUUCCUAAGUUGUUGUUCGCCGUGACCUUUUGGCUCCUUGUCCUCCGUGUGGGACGCUUCUGUUCUCAAGACCUAAUAAUUCAAGUUCAUUUACUUUUUAAUCAACUAAAAUCAGGCAGAGCAAUAUCUUGUUCAAGAAACAACUGACAGAUAUUCCCCAGAUAUAAAAUAGCUCAUGUCCGACGUGUAACGGUGCAAUCUGUUUCAAUGAAUCCGCUACUCAGUAGUCUAUGAGAAAAUUACUUAUCACUUGAUUUAUAACGUCGGUAAACAUUUUCCUCAAGAGUUUAUGGUCUCAAUCUCUAGUUCCAAGUCUUCUUCAUUACAGUAUAGUGUAAAAUAGACAACACAUUGGAGCUUGGAUACAAUGAUGGACAGCUGGUACCGUCCAAAUGGUGCAGGGUUACAGGUGUAGUUGGACGCGCAGUGGUCGAGCUGUCAGUCAACUUGAUGGCCAAAAGCCAAUUGACACUUGUAAAUGGAUGUUAGCAUGUUCAUGGGGUUUCUUGUAGAUUUGUUUAAUUUUACAUGGACAUUCUUUUAAAACGUUGGGAACCGUUGAUCCAAAGAUCACCCACGACACGGUUUACAUGGUUUGGAAAUGAUUUGCCCCUCCUAUGAGAGAGAGCCCCAACUCUCAAAACUUUUGCAAAAUAAAUCCUGUAAUCUCCAUUUUUGUCCCCUGUGAAAAAUGAUGAAACCCAGGGUGAAUAACUGAACAGUUGUUAAAGAUUCAUGAGGCCAAAUGAGAAUAGAUGAAUAAAUUGGCCUGUUUUUUUUUUUUUAACGCUGCCUUGAACAGUGUGGGCGGCCAUUUUUGGCUCGCUCGGUGUUGAGAACAGGACGUUGCCUUCAUGGACAUUUCGUCUCCCUGAGCCAACCCCUUUGUGUUUCCAUUCCCUGAUAUUUCUCUGUGGAAAGUAGGUUUAGAAGACAGUGAGAAUGUCUGUAGUGAUUGUUGAUGGUGGUAUUGUGUAAGCAUCAAUCACAAAUGCACGCAUAGAAGUGUGAAGGUGUGUUUCAUUUUAAUAUCUUCAUCUUCUUCUCCUCCUCCUCUUUACCGUCCUCCUCCCCUCUCCCUGUUCCCUGUCUUCUUAACAUCUCCGACCCAUGUUGUCCCUGUUCACAGUAUUAGGCUGGAAUAUGGUUGUGUGGUAGUAGACACGUGUUCUGUGUGGUCGGUGAGUCGGUGUUGUCGUGAUGUGUUGCUCCUCGUGGUGCCAUCGAGCAUGGAGCAGCGAUUGAAACAGUGGAGACAAAAGAUGAAAGGGGGGGACCCAGGUUCCUAAAAACAAAUGAAAAAAAAGAGAGAAAAAAAGAAUGAACAUUGAUUCCCAUUUCACGCCCUACCCAUUCCUUAAAAAACAUUUCUAGAACUUUCCUGCUCUGCACAGUGCCACUCUGGGACCUUUCUCUGGAUGUGAGAACCCAUGGACUGUAAUGUAUGUAUUUUCUCUGCUGAUAUCUUGUCACACAAAAUGUCAAAUGUAGAAAGGGGGUCUGGGGUUGUUGUAGAAUUUUAAGACUAGAAUAACUUUCUGCAGUCGUUUUUGACAAGAGAGCAGUCCAUUCAUUGAAAAUUUGGUCAAGGUUGAAAAUAAGCACUUUAAUCUUUUCGAAGCUUCGCAAGUCCUUGAAAGUCAGAGGGACUUGUUUUGCUUCUUACUGAAUGCUCCCCUCCAACUCAAAUGUCCUCCCACAUGUGCAUUAGUAAAAAAAAAAAAGUUUGGGGAUUAUGUUAAACAUUUAAUUGAUAUAACAAGGACAAUCCUUCAGCAGUCUUCCUCAAAGAAAAAGGUGCCAGUACGCUCAGUUUCACAAUAAAAGCAGGACUCCCGGUGUUUGUAGAUAUUCCGUGGAGCUGAGCCUGAUUCAUCUCAUCUGCCAUGAUUCUUGAGAAAGUAGGCUGAGCAAUCCCCCGCUCCCUCCUGCUGUUCGCCCUUGCCUCCGGUUGGUGUACCUUAGUCUAGACGCCCCAUUUACAGAAGCAGCAGCGGCAGCACGAUUAGGGAUACCUUCCACUGGGGAGCGCUUCAAAGACGCAGACCAAAAUAAGACGAACACACAGAUACAGAUAAUCAUGGCAUCAGAACCAGCCAAGCUUGAAAGUUUAAUUUUUUUUGGUUUGUAAUAUUGCUUUCGCUAAAUUAACGGGCUUCAAUCGUAAUAUAUUUCUUUGACAGUAAAGAUGUUAGUAUCACCUUUAAGACUGCAUCCCUGCAGCCGUGGUCUUCUGUCAUUUCUGACUCCAUAUUAGUCCUAAAUUAAUCCAUCUCUCACUCCGGAUCCUCCAGCUGCUGUUUUGAUUGGAAUAGACUCGAGAUGAAUUAUCCGAGCUGAGAGGAGCAUUAAUGGGAUGACGGAGAAGUGAGCUCGUCUGACUGGGUGAUUACUUGGCUAUUUAGGCUCAUUUCCAUAACAUACCUCUUAGAACAUUGUGCCAUAUGAAUACUAGUGGCUGAAUUAAUGCAGUUCUUUAAGCUUUUUUACAUCUGCUAAAUAGAAAUAUUACUUAAGGCAGGUUCCUGUAAGUGGACAAAGACACAUUCAUGUAUAAUCUGACAUGCAGCCGAGCAUUGCUGAAGGAUUGUUUAAAGCACCUUGGACACACAACUGCUCCAUCUUAACCUUGACCGAAGAGCAACCGCUCCCCCUUUCUACGUGGCAAUAGUGACCCCCAGUGGUCAACGGCAGUAACCGGGGAAAAAAUGGGACCAUGCUGUUGCCACUGAUGUGCUGAGUACUUUAUGUGAUAGAAAAAAUAAACCAACUGCUCUGGGUCUCACACAGUGAGCCACUGAAGUGAGCAAAGUGACUGUUAGUCUCAUAAGUCAGUGCUUCACUGAUUUUUCUUAUAGCCAUAGCGGGAUCUCCUCUCCAUUCUGGGUUGUCCGGGACAACGUUUCGCUCUGAGGCCCCGGUGUGAGAAGAGGUGUUUUAUCGGGACAGGCCUCCAUCUGAUCAAAAGCAUCAGUUCUGGCCUGGUGUUAGACAAAUGCUCUCUGAUUCCCCUUUACCAGUCUCACCACGGAAAUAUGAUGAAUAUCACAGCAUCGUUCUUUCUCUGUACAUUACGGAGAGCGGAUUCGCAAACGGUCCCUCUCUAGAGAGAAUCUAAAAAAAAAAACUGUAUUUCUUGUGGUCUUAGCAGGUUUAAUCUAUGCAUGCCUUUUGUAAAAAGUGAUUGGUCUUGCCAAACUCUUACCUACACUGGUACGGAGAAAGAAAAAGAGCAUGUGAGACCAUUCAAAUGUUUUGAAUCUGAUUCAAAUCAAAGCCAGUGGGGGGAAUAAUUACCUGCACCUACAUUAAGUAAAAAUUUAAAGUGUUUGUCUUACCAGAGAGACUAUUUUUAUUUUUUAUUUUACUUGGGAUGAUUGAACUUGUACAUCAAUCUGCACACAGAGGAUCUGUUCAGAUGUGUUAACUGUAGAUAAAGCGAUUGAUAUUCCAAGCAGGAUGGUGGGACUGAUCAAUGCUGUAUGGGGCUAGGAUUAUUAAUGGCAUACUUACUUAUUGAUCUAGCUUGAACCUUGUCACUAUCCGAGAAUCCAUCUGGAGUAGGAGGAGGUGUAGAGAGCUCCCGCAGACCUGGUUGGCACUCAUUCCUAGGUUUCCACAAUAUCCUUUUAAGACAAUUUUCCUCCUUUAAGAACGAGAUGGUGCCAAAUUUCGACUUUGUUCUCCAGGUCUGAGUCGAUGUAAUGCUCUCUCGCUUUCCCCUCUCCUUGGAAGCUGUCAUCGGUAUAGCUCUGUAUUUCUUGGAGCCCUCCUAAUGGAAAAUACUGGAGUAUAUCUCUUAAAUUUGGCUGGGGUUUAGUGUAUCGUCUCCUCUCUUUCUGUCUCUCUCUCUAUUGUUCUCUCUCUCUCUCUCUCUCUCUCUCUCUAGCAACCUGGCACCGACCUCGUUAUACAUUUUACAAGAUUUUUCAUUGUUCACACUUAGUUUUUGCACUAAAGCAUAUUUGUUCCUCUUUUACACUGUUGUUACUGACUUCUGAAACCUAGGAAUGGGUGCUUAGCGCUCCAAUGAAAUGCAGAGCUAACAUACAGAAAAGUUGUUCAGCCUUUUUAAAUUGGAUGGUGACAAAUGAUUCAAAGAAUGGUUGAAGCAUAUGACUGUGUAAGGAAGUACCAAAUUUGGACUCUCUUCUUCUCUGGCUUCACAAACAUCUGACUGCAUCUCAUUUGUCACAUCUCUAUUUUGGAUUUGUGAAUCCUUGGACCUGAAGAACAGAAACUGUACAUAUUAGGUAUAUUAGCCAUAUCACGUCAUCCAAUCUGUAGACCUCCUUGCCAUGUCUGACAGAGGAAAAUGACUGUUGAACUGUAAAUAAUGUAGGUAUAGAAAUAUAGGAUUUAACUUCUGCUUCUUUUCUCCAUGGAUCACCCGGGUCUUGCUCAGUCCCAUGGCUGCUUGGUCUCAAAGGGAAGGAUAAGACAAUAAUGUACUUGUCCAUAAAAAACACAAGUCCUUUUUUUUAUUUCAAUGUAUGUUUUAUAUACUGUCUGUCUUGUAAAUGAACUCCUUUUUCGUCAUAAAAGCAUGAUGUGACUCUGUCA